AUGUGGAAAUAUCUUUUGGAACUAUGUCAACGAUUUUUUACUUCAACUUUCGAUGUUCAAAAACUGCAUUUGGAUUUUGAAUCUGGAGCUCAUGAAGCUGCAAAAGAAAUAUUUCCGAACGUGAUAAUUGUAACAUGCCGUUUUCAUUUAGGCCAAGCUUGGUGGAGAAAGAUUAAUGGAGAUUCAAAUUUGAGAAACGCAUACAAAGAUAACAACAAUGAAUUAGGUCAAUGGCUAAAAUUAUUUUUUGGCUUACCGUUUUUACCCAGUGACGAAAUUGAAGAUGCAUUUUUAGCAUUAAUAGCCGAAUGCCCCAGCCUAGAAGAAGGUCAUGUUUUUACAGACUAUUUAGUAUCAACAUAUAUUGCACCUGAUUCAUUAUUUCCCCCAUAUCUUUGGGCACAAGAACCCUCAGUAAAUCCAAGAACUACUAAUGGGCCAGAGAGCUUUCACAGGACGUACAAUGGUCAGUUUUAUAGCCCCCAUCCUCCAACAUACGUAGUUAUAUCAGUUUUAAAAGAAACACAAGCUCAAACUUUGACAAUAAUUAAUUAUAUUAAAAACAAUGUACAUAAGCCUAUGGCCAAAAAAGAUAAACUUUUAAUUGAAUCAACUUUACAAAAUUAUAAUGAUUAUAAAGUACACAAAGAUCUAAUUUUAUAUUUAAGAAAAACUGGAAAUUCCUACCAGGGAAAAAAUUUUAAAAAAAGUAAAAAUGUAGAAAAAUUUUUUUAA